CGUGCGCACUCGGACGUGUUUUAUCCUGUCUCGUCACGUCUCGUCUCGUUUCGUUCCGUUGCGUUGCAUUGCACGCCGCAAACAACAGUUAGUUGGCACGAGAGCAAUAACAACAAUAGCAAUAGCGAGCAAAGUCAUAGCGGAUGUGCAGGUGACCGCCAAAUAUAUCAACGAUAAUGUGACAAGAUGGACUUCCAGAAUCGUAACAACACGGCCAAUAAGUUUGUCUGUCCCAGCGAUAGGCAGCUGGCCCUGCGUGCCAAAUUAAAAGCCGGCUGGAGCAGCUCAAAGACCAGCGAACCCCUGCGACCGGAGGAGCAAGAGGCCAUCAUUUCGGUGAUUCGACGCAACGAGGAGAUCGAGGUGGCCGAGCGCCAGCGUGUCGGUCGCCUGGUGGAGCGUGUGGAAAAGAUCAAGCAACAUGCCGUGGAACGUGGCCCCAACUGUUGUCGCCUCUGUGGCGACGCCUUCGGGCUGCUGCGGCCGCAUCGCAUUAUUUGCGAGGAUUGCCGCCAGGCGGUAUGCACCAAGUGCAGUGUGGACAUCAACAUUCGUUAUCACACCAGCGAGCGUUGCCGCGAAAUCUGGCUAUGCCGCAUCUGCUCCGAGACGCGCGAAAUGUGGAAGAAAUCCGGCGCUUGGUUCUUUAAGGGCCUGCCCAAGUACGAUAUGCCGCGCAGCGCCAGUGCCACACCCACGCCCACCCCGUUACCCGGAUCCAUGGCAGGAGACACGCGGGCCGUUCAAAGCUGCCAUGCAACGCCGACGCGUCCAGCGCGGGUAAAGAAGCUAACGAUCCGUGUCAACGACAGCAGCUCCAGCAGCAGUGGUCACUCGGAGCCGGAGGAUGAACUGGAUGGCGGCGGCGGCGGCGGCCCGGCUGGAAGCACAGCUGGUGGCAUGACCAAGGGCACCGGAACCGGACGUCUCCAGCGGGAUGACAGCUUCCGGUUGCGUGCCUACGGCUCCAUACGCAGCUUCAUAGACGGCGGCGAGCGGAAGCUAUCGAAUUCCUUCUUCUUUGGCCGCCAGCAGAGCCAACGGCCAUCGGAGUGUCCCGAAUACGAUAGUGUCAGCAUGUCCAAGCUGCGACGUGAGAGCAGUUUCCUGCGACGCGGCUCGGUCAGCUCCUCGUGGUCCAUCAGCGAUAGCUCCGGGUCCGGCAAUUCGGGGAAUUCCCAUACGCCACAGGGCCAAGCCCAUGCCCAGUCGCAGUCCCAGUUCCAUCAGCAGCAGCAGCAACACUGCCGAGAUCCCUUGCUCGGUUGGCUGGAGAUCGCCAUUAGCUAUCGCGAGGCAUUCCAUAGUCUCGAUUGCACCAUGGUGCGGGCCAGGGAUUUGCCGGCCAUGGAUGCCGCCGGACUGGCGGAUCCGUAUUGCAAGCUCAACAUUAUCACACCGGAGGCGCAUACCAAAUACACACGGUGGCAACGCACCAAGACGGUGCACAAGACCCGCAAUCCCGAGUUCAAUGAGACGCUGCAGUUCGUCGGCGUGGAGCCGGAGGAGUUGGGCAAUUCGCUGCUGUAUGUGGCACUCUUCGAUGAUGACAAGUAUGGCCAUGAUUUUCUCGGUGCUGCCAAGGUCUGCCUAUCCACGGUGCACAGCACAUCGCAGUACCGCAUUUCGGUGCCACUGGGAGUGGAGGAUCAAUAUAGUAAUGCAGCGGAAAUGUCCCAAAAUUGGCCAAAUGGGAAAAUGUUGCUCUCACUGUGCUACAACACCAAGCGCCGGGCACUGGUGGUGAAUGUGAAGCAAUGCAUCAAUCUAAUGGCCAUGGAUAACAAUGGCAGCUCCGAUCCCUUCGUUAAGAUCCAACUCAAACCGGAUGCGCACAAGAACAAGAAGCACAAGACCAGCGUCAAAUGGCGCACGCUCAAUCCCAUCUACAACGAGGAGUUCUACUUCGAGGCCAGUCCCCAUGACCUCAACAAGGAGAUGCUCAUUCUGACCGUUUGGGACAAGGAUCUGGGCAAGAGCAACGAUUUCCUUGGCAGCCUCCAACUGGGAGCCCAAAGCAAGGAUCGCCUGCAGCAGUGGCUCGACUGCAUCCGUUUGCCGGAUCAUUUUCAUGAGAAAUGGCAUUGCCUUGCCCCCGACAAUCCCGCCCACUGAAUGAGCACAGCCCAAUUCCAGGAUGUUUUCCCCACCUCCCACCUCCACCCCAAAAAAAGCCGCAUUUUAGCAAACUGAUUUCUCUGUCAAGUUGUUUUGAAAAUUUAAAAAAGCUCAGAAUUUAUGAUUCAUAAGAGUUUUUUAGUAAAAUCAUGUCUCGUU